CCACGAUUCCUUAUAUAUGCAUAUACAAUGCUUCAAGUUUCGUCAUCCCCUUGCUAUUCCUUUCUGAUCAGGGAGAUGGCAAAUACGUGGAGAAUUGCUAUGCAGGGCCUUGUUUCUUUGGCUUUCGUUUGUUUCGGAGUGUCGGAGUACGUCCGUCCGCCGCCGGGGAGGAUCAUCCACACCCAGCACACGAAGUCCGCUUCGCACCUGCAACAGGUGCACAUAUCAGCUGUAGGGAUUGACCAAAUGAGAGUUUCAUGGAUCACCGACGACACUCACGGGCCCUCGCUGGUCGAGUACGGAAAGGUUUCUGAAAAAUACACAAUGUCUGCGACCGGCGAGCACACUUCAUACCGCUACUUCUUCUACGCUUCUGGCAAGAUUCACCACGUCAAGAUCGGGCCACUGGAGCCCAACACGGUCUACUACUACCGCUGCGGCGGAAUCGGCGACGAGUUCAGCUUUAAAACCCCACCUGCUGCACUCCCUAUCGAAUUUGCCAUCGUCGGUGACUUGGGACAGACGGAAUGGACGGUGUCGACUCUGGCCCACAUCGGCAAGUCGGGCUACGACAUGCUGCUCCUGCCGGGCGACCUGUCGUACGCCGACAUGCAGCAGCCGCUGUGGGACUCGUUCGGCCGGCUCGUGGAGCCGUACGCGAGCGCGCGGCCGUGGAUGGCGACGGAGGGCAACCACGAGAUCGAGUCCCUCCCGAUCCUCGGGCCCCGCCCCUUCAUCUCCUACAACGCACGAUGGCGCAUGCCCUACGACGAGGGCGCCUCCCCCUCCAACUCCAACCUCUACUACUCCUUCGAUGUCGCCGGCGCAAUCCACGUCGUCAUGCUCGGCUCCUACGCCGACUACGGGCCCGACUCCGACCAGUACAAGUGGCUCGUGAAUGAUCUGGCCAAGGUGGACCGCGGGAGGACCCCCUGGCUCAUCGUGCUCCUGCAUGCGCCGUGGUACAACACCAACACCGCGCACCAGGGCGAGGGCGAGAACAUGAGGAAGGCCAUGGAGGAGCUGCUGUACGGUGCACGCGUCGACGUCGUCUUUGCCGGCCACGUCCACGCAUACGAGCGCUUCACAAGGAUUUAUAACAAUGAAGCGAACAGCUGUGGCCCUGUGUACAUAACCAUUGGUGACGGAGGGAAUAGAGAAGGUCUUGCACUAGAUUUUAAUAAGAACCACAAGUCUGCGCAUCUCUCGCAGUUCCGCGAGGCGAGCUUCGGGCACGGUCGCCUGAAGGUACUGAACGGCGUGAACGCUCAGUGGUCGUGGCACCGCAACGACGACACCGACUCCACCGUCCGCGACGAGCUCUUGUUGGAGAGCUUAAGCAAAUCCAGCGCGUGUCAACCCACCGCUGCCGCGGAGGCCGAGCUGUAAAUAACAAGCGACACGCACGUACACAUUGCUUUGACAAUAUUAUGGAUCAAUUGAACACACUCUUUGACGAAGUGUCUUAGGAUAUAUAAUCAACCCUGUAGACUCGACAUUUGUGGGUAGCUCUUUAUGUUGAUUACAGAUCAUGUAAAUAUGCAUGGAGUUUCUUUUUUU